AGACAGGAGGGAGCACAGAGGAGUCCUAUCAGACAGGAGGGAGCACAGAGGAGUCCUAUCAGACAGGAGGGAGCACAGAGGAGUCCUAUCAGACAGGAAAGAGCACAGAGAAGUUAGAAAACACUGCUACAGGCUGUUCUGUUAGGAUUUUUUCUGCAAAAACUCCUUUCUAGCCAAUUCAGCAUCUCUAUUCCAGCCCCCUCACUAUGGAGCCUCCUACAACGAGCUGCAGCUGUCGGUAGAUCCCCUCACUAUCACCACUCUAACGGGCAGUAUCCUAGGCAGCAUGCCUACUGUGCCACAUACAGACAGCCGUCACCAUCCUACAACCAGAGAACAGUAGAACCCUUUAAAUGUUUAAAUAUGAGCUGCAGCCAAUCAUAGAGCAGUGUGUCAUACACUCUGACCAAUCAGCGCGCUCCGGCGACCACUGCAGUCAUCUGUAUACUUCCUGUUGUGGAGUUUUUUACCUCCGCUCCCGGAUUGACCAAUCAGGUUCGAGCGCAAGACUUCCCCAGCCAAUCAGCGCUUGUGCCAGCCUAACGCGCGGCCGGUUUGAUCGCAGUGACUGAAGUAGAGGGAGAAUGGCGGAGGCUGUGUGUGCGGCGCUGUGAGCCGGGCCUGAAGCGUACACGGCGGGGGAUGGCGUCCUCUCACAAUGUGGUGCUACUGGUGGACGCGGCGGACUCGGCGCUCAAGGACCGGAUCAAGCUGGUGUCUCUGCGGCUGCUGAACUUCCUGACGUGCCGCGCAGGCCUCGGCCAGGUCCGCUGGAGUUACCGCUUCUUGAACUCUGUUGGGGGCCGCUGUAGGCCGCCGCGCCGCUCCGACCUCCGGGAACUGGGUCCCCGUAGCUGGGAUGAGUUUGAAGAGGAGCUGGAGGCCUGCUGGGAGCGGAGCCGCCACAGCCGGAGCUCCCGGGCCGCCCUGACACACACCGCCCUUAUGGAGACCUUGUCUGACUUCCAAUGGGACCGGCCGGACAUCACGUCUCCUGCCAAGCCUGCCGUACUGCGCGGCCGCCGGAGAGGACGACUGAUCGCGGCGGAGGAGCCCCUGAAGGCGGCGGCAGAGGCCUUGUCCGGCUCCGGCUGUAAGAACGCCGUGUUCCUGCUCUCCCCCUGCCCGCACUCCCGGGCACAGCUCGGAGACUUCACCGGGGAGGAGGAGGCCGGGCUCCAGCAGGUGAUGGACAGGCUGCUGUCCCGGGGGCUGCAGAACCUCAUCAGCAACAAGAGGGUCACUCUGUACUGGCUGGACACCUCCGACUGGGCCCAGGUGUGGGAAACCUGUGAUCAUUUUGGAUACUGGACGAUGGUUGAACUCAUGCAGUGUGUCAGUGGCAGGAUUAUACCAUCCGAGUGUUUACUGGAGUCUUCAAGCCUACCCCCAGACCAGCUGUCCUCCGCCAGGGCAGCUCUUAGUAUUCCCUAUGAUUCUGUGCUGUGUUCACUUCUUAGCAGUGAGCUGGAGUACAGAUCCUGGUUUCCGCAGCAGGAUGGUUUGGUCACCUUAAUGACACCUGAUGCGGUAGAACAAUGGGAAUGUGCCGUUAGCUUGGAACCAAUUUCAAUAACUCAAAAGCGUUUUAAAAAUGUAGUGACCGUCCGUUUGAAAGGCACCAUGGAAAACUGGAAUCAAAAUACAGUUGGGCCGCUAAGAAUGGAAAGCUGGCUGCUGCAGAGUUUGUCAAACAGUAGCCAUUCUUCAUGCCUGCACUUUAACCAGCUGCUGAAUACAAUACUGUCUAAAGGACUCUUCCUGGUUGCUGAUGUGUCUACUGCUGAUGAUUUUCUGCCCAGAGCUGCCAUCCUUUCCCCCAUUUCUGAAAAUGCAGCUGUUCUCAAUGUGAUCUGCAGUGAUCCAUCAGCUGAGUUUGACAGACUCCAGGAUAAUUCUACUGAAGAAAUUGAUCAAGACAUCGCUUCUGAUCUACCCGAUAUUGUAAAUUCUGUUCUUAACCAUGUCUUUAACACCAAAGAAAACACUACCCUUCCUGAAGUCUCGAUGCCAGAGUGGAUUAACCAAGAGCUGUCUCAGAGUAGUCACUGGGGAUCCUCUGUUAUUGAAAGAUGGUACCCAUUAUCUGGAAUAUCUGGUGCCAGCAGUAAUCUGAUGGAAUCAUUUAGGUUGAUAAGUGCAGCGUCUUUUGAUGAAGACCAGAAAAGUGAUCUGGUUACUCAUGAUGAAUUCACAUGUUACUUAUCGGAGUUCUACCAGAAGAAAACUGAUGAAUCUGGCAUGACACUACAAGGAGAGACCCAAAAGAAGCGUUUACCUCCAACUCCUGUGAGACAGAAGAUGAAAACCAUGCCCCGUGCUUUGCAACUGUUAAAUGCUGCCAGGUUAAAUUCAAAGGCUCAGAAGUUGCAGCCUGAAGGUGCCCCUGUUGAAAAGAGUUCACAGGCAAAGAGGAGAUCUUCAGAGAAGCCUGAAGGAAAUCCAAGGAAGCCAACAGGUUUUAAGUCUGAAGAGGAGCUUAAUUCCUUUUUGAUUGAAGACUAUGAUAAAAUGGUGUCCGGAGAAGAUGAUUCACUGCUCUCGUGUGUCAGGAAUGCUUUAACCACCAUCAAAUCCUUCUUCAAGUCAGCCAAAAGCAAACAUAUAGAGACUGACUGCAUAGAGAGAACCAAGCUUCUGCUAAAGACCAGUAAAACCAUAAGACAACUUUAUCAGCAAAACCAAAACAAAGCAGCUAAGCUUAGAGAAUGUCAAAUGCAAGCGUUGCUACGACUGGAAAUUUGUGUACAAUGUCCAUCUAUACAAACACAUGAAGAUGAACUGGAGCAAGUAGUUGAAGAGAUCACAGAUAUGCUCCGAAUUAUUUCUCUGACAGAAGAUCCCUCGUAUUUGACCAAGUUUAUGGCAGGAAUCUUGACAGAGUACAUAGGAAGCAUACCCAAAAUCUUGGCAGACAUAUAUUUUAGUCUUGGGACACAGAUUCCAGAAGAGUUGAAACUGGUCUUACCUACAGAUGGAGAUGAUUCUUUUAUGCUAGAUGGGCAAACUCCCAUGUAUUCUCAGCCAUCUAUUUUAAGGGUGCCAAGUGUUCCCAAGGCAGUUAAUGAAGAGGAUCAGCUUGAAGAGCUUCGAACUAGAUCUGCUAAGAAAAGGAGAACAAGCACCAUGACGAGACACAGAAGUAUAGCAGAGUCCUCUCAGAGCUCGAAGCAGAUUGAACUUCUAAAAAAGCCACUUAACAGGGAGACAUCAAGUUCCAAUCUUGUUGUAAUGGUUGAGAAAUUAAAGAUGCCUCUUCCAGUACAGCCCCAGAAAGAUGGUGAAGCCACUAAAGCAAGAAGAAAUCUUUUUGUCCAAGAGAAUCGCUCGCCUACAAGGAGGAGCAGUAAGAUGCUGCGAAGCCACUCUGUAUCGGCAGUGGAGGGCCUGAAGCGUAAGCGUACCAAGAGUCACGAUGACACUAAAGAUCAUUAUAAACUAUUGACUAAGAAAGUGACUGAAACACCUGCACACAAACAAAUGUCAAACAGACUGCUUUACAAACAGAUUAAGGGCCGACACAGUGAGUCGACAUCGAACAUCAGUGUUGUUGAAGAAUCUCCAGUAAAGGAUUUAACAGAGCUCGAUUUGCGGAGAAGCCCUCGCAUUAAGCAAUUGGCACUCAAAAAAAGAAACUCUUCUUUUUAUGCAGCACAGCCCAAAUCCCGUAAUUUGGAGAGAGUUCACUCUGCUUCUCAGCAGACACUUAGCGGAGGUAGUGCUACUCAGGCUGGGGUUAAAACCCCUAAACGUUUGCUGUUUGGCGAAGUUUUGGGAUUCACUAGUCCUCCAACGCGACGAGCAAGAAGAAAAUUGUUGGCUGAUACGGAUCCUGAGUUACUGGAAAAAUCUCGGCUUACUCCAAAGAAAAUGCAGAAAUCCAUUUCAUAUUGUGAACAGCCAUCGGAAAAUAGAUUGCUUCAAACAUCUCCCCGUACACCACGCACACCAGUAUGUACACCUAAACAAUUAAAGAUUCCUUCCAAAACUCCACUGGAGAAAAAAAGUGCUGCUAAAAACUUGGGAAUGCUUUUCUCGCCAUCCAGAACAGAGGAAAGGACUCCCUCAAAAUCUGCUGAAAGAAGAAGCGAACGUUUGGCGCAAACAACUCCAAGCAAUAGUGGCUCGCCAGGGUUGUGUUUAAUUUCACCAUUAAGAACUAUAAGGCAGCCUUUUACACCUCUUAAAGAUAAAGUUUUUAAAAGCCCCCAGAAAACUCCUCAGAAGAGUGCCAAAACUAACACACCUGUAAAGAUGACACCUCUUUCUUGCACACCCAGGAAAUCGCCUAGGUUGCAGGGUUCAAACAUAGAGUGUUUUACACCAACAAGGUACUUAAUGCAUACACCUCAGAAGGUAUCUGAAACGCCAAAGAAACAUGCUAACAGUGGCGCAUCUAUAUUACCAUUUACAGUUGAAUGUACUCCUGAAAAGGCAACUUUUUUCACUCCUAGAAAAACUGCAGACUCUUCCCAAUCACAAUCUAUCAACACAUCUAAGGAACAGAUUCUAUCCAUGACUCCUUGUAAACCACAUCUUUCUUGCACACCCAGGAAAUCUCCUAGGCUGCAGGGUUCCAACAUGCUGUGUGUUACACCAACAAGGUACUUACUGCAAACACCACAGAAGGUAUCUAAAACGCCAACGCCAAAGAAACAUGCUAACAGUGGCACAUCUAUGUUACCUUUUACAGCAGAAUGUACUCCUGAAAAGGCAAUUUCUUUUACUUCUAGAAAAACUGCAGCCUGUUCCCAAUCAAAAUCUAAAAAUACAUCGAAGACAGAGAUUCUGUCUGUGACGCCAUGUAAACCAACAUUGACAACACCUAGAAAAUCUAUCCUUCAAGAUAUUACACCUAGUUGUGAUCAAGAAGAUGCAGAUACAUGCAAAUUCCUUUUUCACUCAAUGGAGAGCAAAACCCUUAAAGAAGCAAAUGACGUUCCAAUGAAAUUAGGCUCACCUUCUACAUCUAGUUUGCAGAAAGCUUGUGAAACUGGUAGUGUCUUGUCUUCAAGUGUCAAAAGCUCUUCUGUAUACAACAUUUUGUCAUCUGAUGCCAAACUUAACCCAAUUGUUUUUUGUGAACGGUUGGAUAUGUCCUCUUUGGAGAGCUCUGAGGAUACAGAGUCUUUUGUCAAUACCUCUCAAACAGAUGAAAGUAUUGACAUAACUGACGCUAAAGUUGUGCCUACAGAAAGCUGUGAUCUGAAGAUGAAGGUUUUAAUCAAGCGGAAGUCUUCUGAUGUAAGUUUAUUGAACCACCUACCAACCACACCUAAGGGUGGAGGAGAUGCAGUUUGCACUUCACCGUAUGGACUACGAUGCACUGUCGACAGAAGACAGAGGGAAGCUGCAGCACGUCUCGGAACACCACAGAUUCCUGCUAAAUUCUCCACUCCAAAGAGUCACAGAAAACUCAACCCUCCUCCAGUUUAUGAAGUUGAACUUGAAAUGCAAGCAUCUGGAUUACCCAAGCUUCGUUUUAAGAGAACAGACUCCAAUUCUACGAUCGAUAUGGGUACUUUACCAAGAACGCCCAAUGGGCCUCCAAGUAAAAAAGGAAAUGAAAGCCCUUUUGGAGAGAUGUGGUGUAAUAAGCAUGCUAUGAAGUUAGAAUCAGCUUGUGCUUCUCCUUGCAUACGAUCUUCCCAUUCUACACCAGGAAAAAGUGGACUGCAGGCAUUAAUCUGUCAGACUUACACACCAAAAAGAAGCUCCUCCAGCACUGCUUCUCCAUCACAGGCAGAGGCUGUAAGUCCUUGGACUCCAUCACCAAAAUACAAGGAUAAAAAUGGCAGGGAUGUAUUUAAUAAUUGGCCCCGAAAGAAAAAAGCUUUUUCUGUUAAAUCUGCUUAUGUUCCUAGGCAAGAAAAGAAUCAGGACUAUGCAGGGAGUGCUCCUUCAGGAGAGGAAGGCGUAGAACCGGACAUAAAUAAGGCCUCCCCCUUGGGAGACCUUAUAGUAGAAGGGGUUUCCAAGCUUCUUGACCAGUCACCAGUCUUAGAAUGGAAAGGUAAAACUGAAAUUGGGGCUAUGCCCUUUAAAUCUAGAAAAAGACCCUUUGAUUUGCUGUCCCCCACAAAAGACGACCCUAGCGCUAAGCGAUCCUGUACAUUGAGCGGUCCCUGUGAAGAGCUGGAAGAAUGUGUUGUCUCAUCAAGUACACGGUCAUCAGACCUGAGCUCCUCACAACAAAGUUUUUGUGAAGAUGAAGUCUUCACUAUUUCAGCUUUCACUCCACCAAAUAAGGUUGUAAAAAAUACCCUGUCUGCAAGUGGUCUAUUGGCUUUAACACACUCACCAAUGCUGUUUAAGGGAAAAACACCAUCUAAGAGAAAGAAGCAAGAUGGUGAAUCCCAAAGUAGCACCCCAGAAUUGAAAAGACCAGCCCAUCAAGCUGCUAGCAUUGAGGACUCUCCAUUCAGCCAAGUAUCUGAAAAGCGUACAAUAAGCCGAACAUAUACACGGAAAAAGCUCAUAACGUGAUGUGAUUUUUCUUUUGAUCACAAAGGCUAAGUUUCUACUUUUUAUUUUUUUAAACUCCAAGAAAAAUGUUUUGUUGUUUUUUCGGCCAAAUAGCUGUAAAUCAAUGAGAAAUCGCUAAAUAAUUUUUCCACUUGGCUUUUUUCAGUUUAAAUUUAUCUUUUUUAUAACAAAGAUUUUAUUUUUAAACAGGGAUAAAUUUAUGUGGGCGGGCAGGGCACUAAAAAUUUCGCCGACAAUGAUGUGGGAAAGAGCGGCCGGCUGCAUCUAUACAUUGUACAGGAGGAUCACAGCGGGUGUCAGGAGUGACAUCCGCUGUGAUCUUUCCUUAACUGCAGGUACUACAACCCCCAACAUGGAGCAAAGUUGUGGAGCAGCUCUAUACAGCGCUUGCAUCUCUGCACUAU